GAUAUGAUCAAACUACUCCAUCAUAAAUUCAUAAGUUAUGAACAGACAGACAUAUGGCCUCCUAUGCAUCAAACUACUCGCGGUUGCUUUCUAACACCAAGCUUUUGACCUCACACGUGAACCGAGGCCGCCAUGAGACAGCUCUUUCUCUGUUCCACCGAAUGCAAUCCUCCCUUCCUCUCGACUCCUUUGUCUUCUCUCUUGUGCUCAAGACCUGUGCCGCCAUCAACCGCCCACAACUUGGUACGGCCAUCCACUCCCACGCAUCCAAAUCAGGUUUCCUCUCAAAUCCGUUCAUAGCAUGCGCACUAGCCGACAUGUAUGGCAAAUGCAUCUCGAUUACCUCAGCCCGGAAAUUGUUCGACGAAAGUCCCCAAAGAAAUUCGGUUGUUUGGAAUGCAAUGAUAUCACUAUAUGUUCACUCUAAUCAUGUGCAGGGUGCAUUGGAGUUGUUUGAAGUAAUGGAUGUUGCACCUAGUGUGUCACCAUUCAAUUCCAUAAUAGCUGGUUUGUCAGGGUUGGAGGAUGGAUCAUAUAAGGCAAUUGGAUUCUAUAGGCGAAUGCAAGAAUUGGGAUUGAAACCUGAUCUUAUUACACUUCUUGCUCUGUUACCCGCUUGUUUAGGCGUUGGGUCCUUGUGUUUGGUAAAAGAAAUUCAUGGUUACUCAAUUAGGAAUCAUAUUGAUCCACAUCCGCAGUUGAGGAGUGGCCUUGUGGAGGCAUAUGGUCGAAGUGGGUGUCUUGUCGAUGCAAGUACUGUGUUUCAGUGUAUGAAGGAAAAGGAUGUGGUGGCUUGGAGCAGUUUGAUGUCAGCAUACGCUCUUCAUGGUGAAGCAAGAACUGCUCUAGAAAUUUUUCGGCAGAUGGAAUUAGCGAAAGUACGGCCUGAUGAUAUAACUUUUCUUGGGGUUCUCAAAGCUUGUAGUCAUGCAGGAUUGGCCGAUGAGGCAUUGGUUUACUUUGGUAGGAUGAAUAAAGAUUAUGGUGUGCAAGCAAGUACUGAUCAUUAUUCUUGUUUAGUGGAUGUUUUGAGUAGAGCAGGAAGAUUGUAUGAGGCAUAUGAGGUCAUACGACAAAUGCCAAUGAAAGCAACUGCAAAAGCUUGGGGGGCUAUUCUUGGGGGGUGUCGAACAUAUGGAGAGGUGGAGCUUGCAGAGAUCGCCGCAAGAGCUUUAUAUGAUAUUGAGCCUGAUAAUCCUGCCAAUUUUGUUUUGUUGGCUAGAAUUUAUGCUAAUGUAGGGAGACACGAGGAAGCUCAGAAAAUGAGAAGGGAAAUGAAGGAGAGAGGAGUUAAGGCCGCCCCUGGCAGCAGCUGGGUCAUGUAUCAAGAAUAGUGGCUGACGAAGGGAUUUAGCCUAAAAAUGCAUAAUAGAAGGCUAAAUGGAGGCAUAUUACUCUUGUUAUAGCCAACAUUAAUGAGAAUUCUAGCUGAUUUCUCCAUUUAGUUCUGGACAAGUGAAUGAUUCAAAAUCUGAGAGAGUAGGUUUGGAGAAUUUCUUGUUUUGGCUAAACGUAAGUUAAGUUGUCGUUGAUGAUUUGGUUUUUGUUUUAUCUCUUAUGUCGAAAGGCGAAACUCUCAGAGAGAGCUCUGGAGCUCCAGCUCCGGAUUGGCAACCGCCCUCCUCCCCUCUCAACACUGUACCAAAGUGGUUGUUAAUCCAAGACUGUACCAAGGUGAACUUCGAUACUGCAAGUUUUGGAUAAAUUUCAUCUGCAGCUGCAAUUGGCCGAUCUUCAAUCUGAGAGAUUGUUUUUGAGGAGGUCUGUUCAUUUCCCAAAAUUGAUCUAUUUGUUGGAAGGCUUUGUUAUUAUGCCUGGAUCGAUGUAGCUUUUUGUUCAUUGGUGAAUUUUGAAGGUGAUGUGCUAGUGGUGGUGAAUGCAGUUAAAAUCUCGUCUCAAAGUGAGCUAUUGAGGACCUCAUUUUCAACCAUAGCUGGAAAAUUCUCUCUCAGAGAUCUUGGGACUUGUACUAUUUUUUUGGUGUCGAGGUUCAGUCCACUCCACAUGGCUUGUUCUUGUCUCAACAGAAAUAUAUCCGUGAUUUACUUGAGGAGGUAGACAUUGCGGGUGCCAAGGCAGUUCACACUCCACUGCCAUCUCAUUUCUCCACCAAACUUAGUGAUGACACUCCUCUCUCUAAUCCUACACUCUAUCGUCAGCUUAUUGGGAGCCUUCAAUAUCUCAAUAUUACACAUUGUGACUUGUGUUUUGCUGUGUAUCGGUUGGCUCAAUUCAUGGCCACCCCUACUUGAGUGAUGUUCAUUGGACCCUCCUCAAGCGUGUUCUUCGUUAUCUCAAAGGUACUCUCACGCAUGGAAUCACAAUUCACAAAUCUCCCUCUCUCAAUCUUCAUGCAUUCACGGAUUUCGACUGGGCUGGAAAUCUUGACGACAGAUCAUCCACUUCUGCGUAUUUAGUAUUCCUUAGCUCCACUCCUAUUUCCUGGCGAUCUCAAAAACAAAGGGCGGUUGCCAGGUCUUCCAUUGAAGUUGAGUAUCGCGGCUCUUGCCUCCAAAGUGGUUUGCAUGACCUAUAUGCUUCGUGAUCUUUGAUGGCCUCUUCGUACAACUCCUCGUAUCUAUUGUGACAAUAAAGGUGCCACAAGCCUCAGUCUCAAUCCCGUCCUGCAUUUUCGGAAGAAACACAUAACCGUUGAUCUUCACUUCAUCAGGUCUCUUGUUCAUCAAGACAUCAUUCGUGUGCGCAAAAUAUCCAUUGUUGAUCAAUUAGCAGAUUUGCUCACCAAGUCUCUUCUCAAUACUUGGUUCUCUCCUACGUUCCAAGAUUGGCGUCACUAAUGGACGCGGAUAAUGAAGGGAAGGCCCAUGCAGUUGACACAAACGAUAAAGCCCAUUGAUCCAAUCCCAUAUUAUCUAUCCGUAACUUUCAAUCUCUGUAUGCUACAGCCUGUAGUGUAAACACAGACUUGUCUUGUCAUUAGACAGUCUCACAUCUCUUAUAAGCUAGGUCUGUAACCUGUUCUUGUUAAUGAAUGAAUAUACAAUAGUUCAACCCUUUA